AUGUCUGUGAUAUGGAAUACUAGUGGCCUAUGUCGUUGCUGCCAUGCUCAGGGCGAUUUCAAGAGUAUAAAUGAAUAUUCAAACGAGAUAUCUGGAGAUGAUUGUUAUGUUUUGUUAAAAGACACGUUUGAUAUUAUUCUUCACCCCAUACCAAACUCCACAAUCCUGGUGUGUGGUGUUUGCGGUCCGCGGCUGAAGGAUGCCGUGCAGUUCAAGAAACAGGUGCUACAGUGUGAAGACAAGCUACGGCAGUAUGGGUUUAAAGAGGCUGAUAUUUUGCAGAAAGAUAUAAAAGAUGAAUUUGUACAAGAUGAACUGAAAGAGGAAUCAGUUCAUGAUACUGAAGACAGACUGGACAUCAAAUAUGAAGUAGCAAGACUGCCAGGAAUAGAAGUGUUAAUCCAACCUAUAGAAGAUGAUGACCAGCCUCUCUCCGUGCUGAGGAGUAGCCGUGCCAUAUCUGAGGACUGUGACGUGGAACCUGAUGCUGAUUGGACAGCGCCGCCGGAACUGAGUGAUGAUGAUCAACAGAAGCACAAGAAACAAAAAUCAAAAAAGUACACCUGCUCCAUAUGUGACAAGAAAUUUUCAUACAACGGCUCCUUCGAGGUCCAUAUGAAAGCUCAUAAUGGCGAGAAAACCUUCAGUUGCCACAUCUGUGGCUCAUCACACACAAAUAACAAAGAAUUAACUAAACAUAUAGAAAAACAACAUAUAGUAGAUAACAAGUAUCCUUGCCAUAUCUGUGAAAAGUCAUUCGAUAAGCCCCGGCUAUUAAAAAAACAUUUAAAAACUCAUUUUGAAGAGAAAUUUAAAUGUACGGAGUGUCAGAAGGAGUUUCAAAGGAAGAAAGGUUUAAAAGAACAUAUGAAGAUUCAUACAGGUGAGAAGAAAUAUUGCUGUACGAUCUGCAAUAAGGCUUUUGGUCAUAAUCAGACACUAAAAUCACAUAUGUAUACCCAUACCGGUGAAAAACCAUAUGUAUGUGAUGUUUGUGGGAGACGGUUCCCUCAACGGACACAUUUAAAACGACAUAUAUAUAUAAUACAUACUGGUAUUAAACCACACAGUUGCAAUGUGUGUAAUAAACAAUUUUCCAGUAAAAGUUACUUAGCUAUACAUGAAAGACAGCAUACCGGUGAGAAACCGUACUCAUGCGAGGUUUGCAAAAAAGAUUUUACAGCGUACACAACGUUGAAAGUCCAUAUGCGAGUGCAUACUGGUUUUAAACCGUACUCCUGUGGUUUCUGUAGCAGACAGUUCGCUCAGAUGGCAAGCUUCAAACUCCAUCAACGGACUCAUACCGGUGAAAAACCAUUUUCUUGCAAAAUUUGUAAGAAACCGUUUUCUGAUAAUGGUUAUUUGAAGAUUCAUAUGAGAGUUCAUUCCGGAGAGAAGCCUUUUAGCUGUGAUGUGUGUAAACGGUGUUUUAGGGAGACUGGGCAGCUGAAAAGACAUAUGCGUAUCCAUACUGGGGUUAAAGCCUAUACUUGUAAAAUUUGUAAUAAGCAAAUAGGGAAUCUGUCCAAGCAUAUGCGUGUCCAUACAGACGAGAGACCAUUUUCAUGUAGCAUAUGUCAGAAACAGUUUUCUAUAAAUGGUAAUUUGAAACUACAUAUGCGUAUCCACACUGGGGAGAAGCCAUUCGCUUGUGAUGUGUGUAAUAGUCAAUUUACACAAAGUAGUGGCUUGAAAAGACAUCGAUGUACGCAUGGUAAGGAUUUAGGCUCCUAA